GCGGGGCCAGGCCUGAGGGGCGGUCCCGGGCCUCGCGCCCCGCCCCCGCCCGCUGUCCCGCCGGGCGCCGCGGCCGCGCUCACUCAGCGGUUGGAGCGGGCGGGCUGCGGCUCUCUCUGCCGGGAGCCUCCUCCGCAGGGUGCGCGCCGCUCGCCUCGCCAUGGCCAAGGAGACCAAGAAGCCGUUCCGCCAGAGCAUGGCCGAGUGGCGGCAGUUCAUCUACAACCCCAGCAGCGGCGAGUUCCUGGGGCGCACGGCCAAGAGCUGGGGGUUGAUCUUGCUGUUCUACCUGGUGUUCUAUGGCUUCCUAGCAGCACUCUUCACGUUCACAAUGUGGGUGAUGCUUCAGACCCUGAGCAGUGAUAUACCAAAAUAUCGGGACCGGAUCUCUAGUCCAGGACUUAUGAUUUCACCAAAGCCAGACACUGCACUGGAAUUUUACUUUAACAAGAGUGACAGCCAGUCAUAUUUGGAAUAUGUUACCACACUUAAAAAUUUCCUUGAAUCAUACAAUGAUUCCAAGCAGUCCCAGAACAUUAACUGUACCAAAGGGAAGAUUUUUGAGCAGAAUGAUGCUGCUGUGAAAAAGGCCUGUCGAUUCAACCUCUCCAGUCUGGGACCGUGCUCUGGAAAGGAAGAUCCGAAUUUUGGGUAUUCCAAAGGAACUCCCUGUGUGCUUGUGAAAAUGAACAGGAUAAUUGGAUUAAAGCCCGAGGGAGAACCACGUAUACAGUGCACACCCAAGGAUGAAGGCAUGGUUGCUAUAAAGUAUUUUCCUACUGAUGGCGAGUUAGACUUGAUGUACUUUCCAUACUAUGGGAAAAGCUUGCAUGCUCACUAUUUACAGCCUCUAGUGGCUGUUCAACUAGCAAUUCACCCCAACAGUACCAAAGAAGAAAUAGCAAUUGAGUGUAAGAUCCUGGGCUCACCUAAUUUAAAAAACGAAGAUGACCGUGACAAGUUUCUGGGACGAAUUGCCUUCAAAGUUCAGAUGUCUGAAUAGCUGGAGGAAAUGUUCUCCACCAAGUCAAUGUUGUGUUGUCUGUUUUGUAUCAGCUGGACACGCCAUCCUUAGGAUCUGAGGCCACCUUGGAGAAUGGUGAGGUGGUUCGUGGCGUUCAGGGUAGCAUAAUGAUAUGCUUCCAAAUUGUAUGUUUAAAAAUCCCUUAAAAUAAAUGCCUCUCCUGCUUUUGCCUGCCCCCUUGGAACAGUGUACAGACUAGAGUUAUGUCAUAGGGACCUGUAAAUAGCUGUUUUCAAACGCAUAAUAAUGGUGACCUUUGUCCUGUUCUAAAACGUGGUUUUAUCCCCCCCCCCCAAAAGUGAGUGUCUCAAGCUUAAUGUGCUGUGCUCUGUAAAUAUUGUACUGAUUUAACACUGGUUUAACUGUCAUAUCUCAAUGCUGACACAGUUAGAGGGGUAAAUAAUAAAUGGUACCUGAUGGACAUAGUGAGUUCUUUGUGAGAGUAAACACCUCCAGCGUAAAUGGUGCGUAUGGGAGCGGGUGGGUGGACGGAUGGCUGCGUGGAGAUGCCUUAAAUUGUAGCCUGGGUGGCGUGGGAGAACUGAAAUGGAUUUUAAGAGUUGGUGUGGAUUGCUGAGAGUAAGUGCUCAACUAGUACUUCCCUGUGCUUGUCACUGUGCAAGUGUCGUGUCCAUGUAAUACUUGGUGUAGAGUUUGGUGUUCUAGCUGAGGAACCGAACCUUCCUUUGUGUUGUUAAUUGCUUGUGAUAUGUGGAGCACAAAUAAAAUCUAUACAAUAUUUUAAAACUUUUUAGUUCAGAAAUAUCGAUAGAGAACAAUUAAAAGUUGUUUAGGGUCGUGGUAACAGUUGUGCAACAGAGCUGCUUGAAAAAAGUGGCUUCACUAGUGUGGGAAUAGGCUUUCAUUUUCCAAUUAAAAAGUUUCUCGAGGAACGUCUGCUUAAGGAAAAAAAAAAAAAGAGGAAAAAGAAAGGAUUGUCUGGAUUAAACAUUCCUGUUUAAUUUA